AUGAGUGUAUAAGAUCCAAAUAAAAGCAAUAGUGAUUAACCCGAAGGAGAUAUUGAUUAACAAGAUUCAGAGAAAGUCUUGACAAAGGUUAAGAGGGAUUUAUUAGAAAAUGUGAAUCUAAUUAGAAGGGAGAAGAAAUUGAAUUAAUUAUACAUUGAAUUGAUACCUGACAUUGUAGCAGAAAGGUAUGCAUCUCACUUGCUUGAAAAUGGUCAUACAGACGCUGAAUUGAAGAAAUUGUAUUAUUUAAUCAUUUAAAUAGAAUCGGAUUUUAUAAGUAUGAUGAAAAGAUAUUGGACGAUAUUAAAUUGAUUUAUAUUGUUUCCAAAUUCGAAGAAGAUACUAUACCUCAUGCUUAAGUCAUCUAUGAUUAUUUCAUGGAGAUUGGUUAAUUGUUCUUUGAGGUAGAAGAAGAUAGAAAAAUACUGCUCUCUAAUUAAAUGAAUCACAUUUCAAUUGGUGUGUCAUAUGAUGAUAACUAAGUUGCUAUUGUGUAUCUUAUAAGUCAUAAAGAUUUAUGUAUUACUAAAAUUGAAGACAGUAACGAUGGAUGUAUCUUAGUCUAUGGAAAGAUGCUUGAAGAUGAUGUUGGUGUUUAUGCCUUAUAAAUAUUGCCAUUUACAAGUGACUCUGGUAAAGCAACUGAUAAAAAUGAAAAUAAUAAGAUAGGGCCUGAACAUAUUGAGUUUGAUCGAUAAUCUAAAUGUUUCGUUGCUAAAAUAGGAAACCAAGGGUAGCCAUGCACAUAUGAUAUCAGAUAAUACAUAGAUUUGUAUACUAGAAAGUCACCAGAAUCAAUUCCUUACAUGAAAAACACAAGGGAUAAAUUAAACUUAAAACAUUUAGAUUUAAAACUCAGAAUUCCAGUUAUCUUCUAUCCUGAUCCAAGCUAUGCUCAAGUAGAGUCCGAGGCAUAAUAAUCUCAAUAAUAAGAAGAGUAAGACGAAUAAAAUCUAUAAGAUUCUGCUAUUUAAGAAUUAGAUGAUACUGAAAAUAAAGAUAAUUUGUCCUAAGAUGGAAUUUAAAAAUAACAGGAAGAUGAAUUAGUUCAUAAAAAUUACAUGUUUAAAGAUAUAUCCAAUUAGGAUAUUAAAGAUGAAUUGGAAAUUGCUAUUGCUGAAGCACAAAGAUAACUUGAUGUGCUUUAUGAUCACAAUGUCAAUUUAUAAUAUAAAAUUAAGUAAAAUAAAAAUUAAUAAGAUGCUUAUGUUGAUAAAAUUGGGGAUAUGACUAUGAAUGAACAUAAAUAUUUAAAUACUUUAGCCUAUGUACAUUAAAUCAGAUUAGAUCUCUAAUAAACAUAGGAUAGAUACAAUUAAAUGGCAUAGGAAUUGCAAUCAAAAUUAAAUGAAAAAUCAUAAAAAUGUAAUGAAAUUAGAUCGGCCUUUUUGGAUUUGAAGAGAUAAGUUGCACUUAAAGCUGCCUAUUCUAGAACAUAUAAAAAAAUACCAGAAGCUAGAAUAUCUGAAUGGGAGGCGUAAGAAUCAGACAAAAAUAAAACUUUAUAAGAAUUAAGACUUGAUGCAUUAAGAUAGAGGAAUAUUUUAACAAAAUACCAAAAGUAAUUCAAAAAGAAAGAAGAAUUAGCAGAAGGAUUACAUCUAAUUGAUUUUGAAUAAUUAAAGAUCGAAAAUUAAACUUUAAAUGAAAAAAUUGAGGAGAGGAAUGAGGAUCUACAAAAAUUGAAUAAUAGAAAUAUGAAAACUGUGCUAAUGUUCACUCAUACUAGAGAGAAAUUAGGCCAUGUUGGAUAAAAGUUUUAGGAUUAAGAAAAGAUUAAUUGUAACACUAUUUAUCAUUAAAUUUUAGAUAAAAAUAAGAGUACUCUAGAUGGAUUACGUAAAGGUUUAGGAGAUUAAAAAGACUACAAGGAUAAAUUAAGAACUGAAAAUCUUAAAUUAAAGCAAUAAACAGGGUAAUUAUACAUAUUAAUACAGAAUUGUGAAUCAUCCUGAAUUGCUACAAGAUUAUAGUAAUAAGAGAUCAAAUUAUGAUUAAUUAAGAGAUGAAUUAGAACACAAAGAGGUAUUACUGUUUUAGUAAUAUGUUUAGUAAAAAUUAAAACACAUGCAAAGGAUUAUUGAUGAAUACUAACUUCAUCUAAAGUAGAGGGAGCAAUAAUGA